CCUCAACGUCAAAGAGCUCUACAGUACAACCACAAUUACUCAACCAGCUUUGAAAACGAUCCCACGAAGUCCGCCUCCUUUUCGCACCUCGUAAUACCUUUCAAGAUGUCGGCGAUGUUUAGUCAAAAUCCAUUGAUGAAUGGUCCAAAUUACUCCUUCAACCAAGCUCCCGCAACAGCAUCAGGUGGAAACACUGAACACUCAUUCUACCCGUAAGUACCUUUCGAAAUCCUGCUUGAGUUCCACUAAUUUCCGCAUAGAUAUACUGAUAACGGUGGUUCAACCCUCGCCAUCUCUGGUAACGACUUCACAAUCAUUGCGGGUGACACUAGAUCAACGUCCGGCUACAGUAUCAACAGUCGAUACAGUCCUAAAGUUUUCAAAAUCGGCGGUACCACUUCUUCUCAGGACGAUGCCAACCUUGUAUUAUCCGUCGUAGGAUUUGCCGCAGAUGGAGAGGCACUGAAAGAGCGUCUGGAUGCAAUCGUCAAGAUGUACAGAUACCAACACGGCAAGCCCAUGUCUGUCAAAGCAUGUGCGCAGCGAUUAUCCACAAUUCUUUACGGAAAGCGAUUCUUCCCAUACUACGUUACUGCUAUUUUGGGUGGAUUGGAUGAGGAAGGAAAGGGAGCUGUCUACUCUUAUGACCCGGUGGGCAGUUAUGAGAGAGAGCAGUGCAGAGCGGCGGGUGCGGCUGCAAGUUUGAUUAUGCCGUUCUUAGACAACCAGGUCAACUUCAAGAACCAAUAUAUCCCAGGGAGUGGAGAAGGCCAUGCUUUGCAGGAGCGAGAGAAUAUUCCAUUACCGAAAGAUGAGGUUGAGGAUUUGGUGAAGGAUGCAUUUGAUAGUGCGGUGGAGAGACAUAUUGAGGUCGGUGAUGGGCUUCAAAUGCUGAUUAUCACGAAAGCUGGUAUUGAGGAGAAGUAUUUGCCCCUCAAGAAGGAUUAGAGGG